UGUCAUGCUGGAGACCUACAGGAACCUCAGUGCUAUAGGAUUUAAUUGGGAAGACCAAAAUUUUGAAGAACAUUGUCAAAGACCUAGAAGACUCAGAAGGCAUGAAAGAAGUCAGAGUGCAGAGAAACCCUCUGAAUAUUCACAAUGUGGUAAAGCCAUUGCUUUACAUGCUCACAGUCCUGCUCAAAGGCUUGAAAGUUUUUAUACAGAAAAGACACCUCAUGAAGAUGUUCAGUGUGUGGAAGCCUUUGCACCUUACACAAGUCUCCAGAUAAGUAAAAGAACACAAAUUGCACAGAAACCCUAUGAAUGUAAUCAAUGUGGUAAAGCUUUUGCAAAACACAGUCAUCUUAAAAGUCAUGAAAGAAAUCAUACUGGAGCAAAACCCUAUAUAUUUAAUCAAUGUGAGAAAGCCUUUUCCCAACAUCUUAGUCUCCAAAGGCAUAAAAGGAUUCAUACUGGAGAGAAACCCUACAAAUGUGAUGAAUGUUAUAAAUCUUUUUCACGACGAGAUAGGCUCUUAAAACAUAAAAGAACUCAUACAGGAGAGAAACCCUACAAAUGUAAUCAAUGUCAUAAAUCCUUUUCCGAAAACAAUAGUCUUAAAAUUCAUAAAAGAAUUCAUACUGGAGAGAAACCCUACAAAUGUGAUCAAUGUCGUAAAGCUUUUUCCCAAAAAUGUAGUCUUCAAAUACAUAAAAGAAUUCAUACUGGAGAGAGACCAUACAAAUGUGAUCAGUGUGAUAUAGCCUUCUCAGGACACAGUAGACUCCAGAUGCAUAAAAGAAUUCAUACUGGAGAGAAACUCUACAAAUGUAAUGAAUGUGAUAAAGCCUUUUCCCGACACUGUUAUCUCAAGAUUCAUAAAAGAAUUCAUACUGGAGAGAGACCCUAUAAAUGUAAUCAAUGUGAUAAAGCCUUUUCUCAAAAUGGUACUCUUAAAAGGCAUAAAAAAAUACAUACUAGAGAGAUAGCCUUCAAAUGUAAUCAAUGUGAUAAAGCCUUUUCCCGAUACUGUUAUCUCCAGAAGCAUAAAAGAACACAUACAGGAGAGAAACCCUACAAAUGUAAUCAAUGUGAUAAAGCCUUUUCCCGACAGUGUUAUCUCCGGAACCAUAACAGAAUACAUACAGGAGAGAAACCCUACAAAUGUAAUCAAUGUGAUAAAGCCUUUUCCCAAUACUGUAACCUCCAGAAGCAUAAAAGAACACAUACAGGAGAGAAACCCUACAAAUGUAAUCAAUGUCAUAAAUCCUUUUCCGAAAACAGUAGUCUUCAAAUACAUAAAAGAAUUCAUACAGGAGAGAGACCUUACAAAUGUAAUCACUGUGAUAAAGCCUUUUCCCAAAAAAGUAGUCUUGAAAUACAUAAAAGAACACAUACAGGAGAGAAACCCUACAAAUGUAAUCAAUGUGAUAAAGCCUUUUCUCAAAAAUGUAGUCUUCGAAUACAUAAAAGAAUUCAUACAGGAGAGAGACCCUACAAAUGUAAUGAAUGUGAUAAAGUAUUUUCACGACACAUUAGACUCCAGAUGCAUAAAAGAAUUCAUACUGGAGAAGAACUCUAGAAAUGUAAUCACUGUGGUAAAGCCUUCUUACAUCCCUGAAGUCUUCACAUUCAUGAAAGGAUUCAUACUGGAGAGAAAUUUUACAAAUGUAAUCAAGGUCACAAAGCCUUUUACUAACAUACUAAACUACAAAUUCAUGAAAGAAUUCAUACUGGAGCGAAACCCUACAACUGUAAUGAAUUAUAUGAAUCCUUUUCACUACAAGGUAAUCUCAAGAAACAUGAAAAACCUCAUACUGGAGAGAAACCCUACAAAAGUAAUCACAGUGACAUAUUUUCUCCAUCAAGGGAACAUUUCCUAAAUCUCUCCAAAUGACACUACCAACAGAGAAGGAUUAAUUACUCUGCAUUCAAGUCUAUCUGCUUGCUUUCUGUUUCAUGAGCCAGUUCAUGAUGAAGAAAAACUCUGUGGGUGAUCUUCCUGGACCCUGUUCACUGCCCUGCUGGACGGGAAACACUGGACUUGCAUGUUUUUACCAAACCUCCCACCUCAUUUGUCAUUAUUGGGAAUAUAUAUUAGAGAAAUGUAAAAAGGCUGUGACGACACCACUUUCAAAGUUCCUGGACUUGAAUCCUGGGCAUUGCAACUCUAUUCUGUGUGCCUUCAGCACACUGUAACCCUAAGGAAAGUGCUCUUGUCAUGAGCUGGAAAGAACUCCAAUAUUAAGCUGUGCUGAGAAGAGUAGAACCGAUGAUGUAAGAGAUUUUUCAAAGCUCAGGAAAUUCUCUUUUAGGUUCCAGGCAAGAGGGCCCUGAACUGCAGAAAAGUGGCAGCUUAUAUAGCCCAAGAAGUCCCAGCCCCCGGAUCCUGGAUGGUCAGUCAGUGCUCGGAACAUGGUGUGUCUAAUCUGGAUUGGUCCCUGGCAUAAGCCUAAAUUAGCAUAAGAGGCGCGUGUGCGGCUCGAGGAUGCGCACUAGUAUCCAGGCCUUCUGUGAGGAACCCGGAAGCAGUCGCCGUCGCCAUCUCGUUAUGGCGAUUGCGGCUCCCAACAAAAACCCAUUACAGAGUCAGAGCCCCGUUGAAUAGACUGGAUGAGUUCAUUGCUUGAAGCUAUGAGGAGGAAGCCUCAGUUGCGUUUUCAGACCAUAAGAUGUUGAGAUACCCAACAAUUGAGACAUCUGCUGUGGAGAGCUGCAUAUCCAGAGUGGAAGUAACCAAACCAAGAGAUGUAUGAGAAGCUGCCCCUUAAAAUUGAAGCCACUGGUAUCUGAGUCAGAGCUGUAGAGUUUGCUGUUUUUCCUGCUGGCUUCUUGCCUUGCUCCAAUCGUCCCUAUGUAAUCACCGAUUCCUGUCUAUUUGAAUGGGAAGUGAUAUUCUGUGCCAUUGUAUGUUGUAAAGAUAAAACUUGUUUUCUGAUUUUA